AUGGAGCCGCAGUGGCCUGGUGCUGGGGACGAAAUAGGAGGCCUUUCAUCCUGGCUCCUCGAGCUUGGAGUGGAAGGAGGCGGCCUGAACCACAGCGGCAAUGGGCUUGGCAGUUCCGGGAACAGCAGCGGGGGCCUCCUCAACUCGGGCGGCGGCAGCUUGAGCGGAAGUGGCGGCAGCGGCAGCGGGGCGUGGGGCCUCGACCGCAGCCUCGUGGCCGACUUCAUGGAGAACAUCUUUGCCGACACUGCCCUGGGCAGCAGCGGCAACACCCCGCUCUCUCUGUCCGGCAACACCAACAACUCUUCUUCUUCCUCCUCUUCCUUCUCCACCGGCGCCAUGCCCUCCUUCGCUCCCCAGACAACAUCACAGCAACAGCAACAGCCACCACAGCUCCAGCUGCACUACUCCACCUCUCCUUCUACUUCUUCUUCUGCUUCCUCCACGUCUUCCUCUCCCACAGCGCAGAUGCCCACACUCCAGCUCCAUCAGCAGUAUCAGCAGCCGCAGCAGCAGCCCCAGUUUCAACCGCAGCACCCGCAGCAGCAGCACUACUCGCAACUGCCGCCCUUCCAACCGCAGCAGACCCAACAGCAGCAGCCUCAGUUCCAGGGCUACCAGCCGCAGCAGCAGCCGCAGCCGCAGCAGAGCGUGGCGAUUGGCGGCGGGAAGCAGAUCAGCAUUCCCUCGUUUGCGCCGCCGACGCCCACGCCGGUGUUUCCGCCGCAGACGCCGCCCGGGCUCGCGCCGUCGCUCACCCCGAUGGGGUCGCCCGCGCCCAUGUCGCCCACGGGCGGGCUGCGGCUCGAGAUGAAGCCCAAGCUCGAGUACACCGAGUCGGCGUCCAUGACGAGCGGCAAGGUGGUGCACACGAGCUUCCUGCUCCAGCGCCAGCCCGUGCUCGACUCGCUGUGGGACCUCCAGCGCACCCAGAACACGCAGCUCGAACUCGUGCGCGCCAAGCAGAAGCAGCUCUUCCUCGCACCUGAGAAGAACCUGUUCGAGGAGGUGUACCGAUUGCAGGUCGAUUUGCGCAACCGGGUUGACGCCGAACUCAGGGCGGUGGAGCAGCUCUAUCAGAACACGGUGCUCACUCUCGGCGACCUGAACAAGUGGCUCUCCCUCAGGCACCAGUUUGCCAUUCAGUCGAGCCAGCUGGACCUCUACCAGCGUGAGCUGCUCCAGCUCACCGAGCACAAGGCCGGCGGGGCGCAGUGCUUCGCCACGCUGGCCAUGACGGAGCGGCCCGCCUCGUCCGUCAUCUUCAAGGGCAAGCACUUUGGCCAGCCCUACGUUGUACAUCUACUCACCGGCGCAAACGUGGACUUGACGUGCGUGAGCAAGGUCAAGGCGUCCAUUGUCUGCGAAUCGCACCUGUGGAAGGGCAAGGUCGCCAAGAAGUCCAUGAACGAGGACACCAAGGUGAUCGAGCUGCACCAGCACGUCGUCCAGUUCCAGCCCAAGUUCCUGGUAGGCACGCGCAAGAACGCGGUCAACCUGCGGUUCUCGGUGGCCGUGCGGAGCGACGACGCCGUCCACACGAUCGAAUCCGACCUCUCCAACCCAUUCAUCGUCAUCACCAACGAGUGCCAAUGGGCCGAAGCCGAAGGCACACUCAUCAAAAAAGAGGCGUUUGGAGGCCACCUGGAGAUUCCCUGGGCGCGGUUCGCCAACGUGUUCCACAUGCACUUCAUCCGAGCCACGCGGCAGGACGUCAACAAGCCAGCGCGUGCCUUCCACGCCGGCGAUUUUGAGUACCUGCACGACAAGUUUUUCGGCAACAAGCAGAUGGUCUCCUACAAGGACUUUGAUCAGUUCUGGUCGUGGUUCGGCAAGGGCCUGCACAUCUUGCGUUAUCAGCGGCACGUGGGGAACCUGUGGAAGAGCGGUCUCGUGUACGGGUUCAUCGCCAAGGACGCCGUGCAUCGGGCUCUCUCCAACGAACGGCCGGGCUCCUUCCUCGUCCGCUUCUCCGAGAACCACGCCGGCUCCUUCGCCGUCGCCUACAAGCACAUCGAGGCACUCACCUUCCCAUUGCCUGAGGUGAAGCACUAUCUGGUGAAGCCGGACGACAUCGCGGGGCCGAAGAAGACGCUGCCGGACUUCCUGCAGGAGUGA